AUGAACGGCGCCGCUUCUUCACCAAGGGUCAAGAGAAAGGCCCCUGGGUCACCCGAUCUGGCUCCCCCCGCCAAACGAGCCAUCAACGGGAAGCAUUCUCCCAAUGACAAUACUCCCGACAUUGUCGAGUUCGACGACCAGUCCGAGAUCAGUGGCGACCUUCUCCCUCAUGAUAUGUACAUUGGGACACCAGGGAGCCUAGGCGAGUGGCAGGACACGAUCCAGAAGGUCGUGCGCAAUGUUGUCGCGAUCCGGUUCUGCCAGACUUGCUCUUUCGACACCGAUUCUGCUUUGACUAGUGAAGCUACCGGAUACGUUGUUGAUUCUGAGCGAGGAUAUAUCCUAACAAACCGUCAUGUUGUCGGCGCUGGUCCCUUCUGGGGCCACUGUGUCUUCGACAACCACGAGGAAGUCGACUGCUACCCCGUCUACCGCGAUCCCGUACACGAUUUCGGAAUUCUUCGUUACGAUCCCAAAGCGAUCAAGUACAUGCACAUCGAUGGCCUGGAACUGCGACCUGACCUUGCAAAGGUCGGUACCGAAAUUCGAGUCGUUGGUAACGAUGCUGGCGAAAAGCUCAGUAUUUUGUCAGGUAUCAUCUCCCGUCUCGAUCGAAACGCACCUGAAUACGGCGAAGGAUAUAGCGACUUCAACACGUGUUACUACCAGGCCAACGCUGCCGCCAGUGGAGGAAGUUCUGGAAGUCCCGUUGUGAACAAGGAUGGAUGCGCUGUCGCACUUCAAGCUGGUGGUCGCUCGGAUGGAGCUUCAACAGAUUAUUUCCUUCCACUUGAUCGACCACUGCGUGCUUUGCAAUGUAUUCAGACUGGCAAGCCCGUUACACGUGGUGACAUCCAGUGCCAAUUCCUUCUCAAGCCAUUCGACGAGUGCCGUAGGCUGGGUUUGAGCCCCGAGUGGGAGGCAGCCAUGCGCAAGCAGUUCCCGGAGGAAACCAACAUGCUGGUAGCUGAAAUCGUUCUUCCCCAAGGCCCUUCAGACAAGAAGAUUGAGGAGGGAGACGUCCUGAUCAAGGUCAAUGGCGAGCUCAUCACUCAGUUCAUCAGACUUGACGACAUUAUGGAUUCUAAUGUUGGCAACGCCAUUAAGCUGCAUCUCCAGCGCGGUGGAGAGGAUAUUGAGGUAGAGAUUGAGGUUGGAGAUCUUCACAAGAUUACCCCUGACCGCUUCGUUUCGGUGGCGGGCGCCAGCUUCCACGAUUUGUCCUACCAGCAAGCACGACUUUAUGCCGUCGCUGUCCAGGGUGUCUAUGUAUGCGAGUCGGCUGGAUCAUUCCGAUUUGAUAACACGGAUAAUGGUUGGAUUGUCCAAACAGUUGAUCACAAAAAGGUGCCAGACCUUGACACGUUCAUCGAAGUGAUGAAGGCCAUUCCAGACCGUGCCAGGGUUGUCGUCACUUACAAGCACCUUCGUGACCUGCAUACUCUCAAUACCACUGUUGCCUACAUUGAUCGCCAUUGGGCCUCCAAGAUGAAGCUUGCGGUUCGAAACGAUGAGUCCGGCGUCUGGGACUUUACUGAUCUUGGAGAUCCUCUGCCUCCCGUUCCUCCGAAGCGACGAUCUGCCUCGUUCAUUGAGCUGGACCACAUGCCCCACCAAGGCAUUGCAGACUUGAUCCACAGCUUUGUUCAUAUCAAUUGUAUCAUGCCAUUGAAGCUUGACGGUUUCCCUAAGAAUCGCCGCUGGGGUAUGGGCCUGGUGGUUGAUGCAGAGAAGGGUCUCGUUUUGAUUUCGAGAGCCAUCGUCCCUUAUGAUCUUUGCGACAUUACCGUCACUAUCGCCGACUCCAUCAUUGUCGAGGGCAAGGUCGUUUUCCUGCACCCUCUUCAGAAUUACGCCAUCAUUCAGUACGACCCAUCGUUAGUGGAUGCGCCAGUGAAGAGCGCCAGACUCAGUAACGAGGUACUCACUCAAGGUGCCAAGACCUACUUUUUGGGCUACAACAGGAUAGGACGCGUCGUACAUGGCUCUACAAGUGUCACCGAGAUUACUGCAGUGGCGAUUCCAGCCAACUCUGGCGCACCUCGCUACCGCGCGGUCAAUGUCGAUGCCAUUACGAUUGAUAGCAACCUCGGAUCGACUUGCAACAGCGGUGUUCUUGUUGCUCCCGAUGGCACUGUGCAAGCUCUGUGGCUAAGCUAUCUUGGAGAGCGUAACCCUCAUAGCUCUCGAGAUGAAGAAUACUACCUCGGCCUUGGCACCAAGACUCUGCUUCCUGUGGUAGACGCGGUCCAGAAGGGCGUUAACCCCAAGCUUCGCAUCUUGUCGGUCGAAUUUAGAUCCGUGCAGAUGUCCCAGGCGUCAGUCAUGGGAGUCUCAGACGAAUGGAUCAAGAAGGUCACCCAGGCCAACAGGUCCCAUCAUCAGCUCUUUAUGGUCAGCAAGCGAACGUUCGAGCGUGUCAACCACCCGGUAUCUCUGCUUGAAGGAGACAUCAUUCUUACUCUGAACGGCAAGAUUUGCACUACUAUUUCAGACUUUGACUUGAUGUACUCCCAUGAAUUGCUUGAUGCUGUUAUUGUCCGCGAAUGUGAAGAGAUGCAUCUUCAGCUUCCUACCGUGUCUGCAGACGACAUGGAGACAGACCAUGCGGUUUCCUUCUGCGGUGCUAUCCUGCACAGGCCCCAUCAAGCUGUUCGACAGCAAAUCAGCAAGCUACAUAGUGAGGUGUAUGUGUCCAGUCGCAUUAGGGGUUCGCCUGCCUACCAGUAUGGAGUUGCGCCCACGAACUUUAUCACGCACGUCAACGGCACUCCUACCCCUGACCUCAACUCUUUCAUUGCUACCACGCGGAAGAUUCCAGACAACACCUACUUCCGCCUCAAGGCUGUAACAUUUGACAACGUUCCAUGGGUGAUCACUAUGAAGAAAAACGACCAUUACUUCCCCACAAUGGAAUGGAUCAAGGAUGACAAGGAAGCCUGCGGAUGGCGCCGAGUCACAUACGAAGGUAGUGAAGCGUUCAAGGGCGAGGCGACUGACGGCGUGGCCCCAGUCGCCGAGGAUGCCGAUAUGGAGUAA